CACAACGCUCGGAUAGCCUUGAACCAAUUCGAUUCGAUUUGACAGUUGCUCACAGGAGUGCAAGCACUGAACUGUAUGGAGUAAUUGAUGAUGCAGAAGAAGAUGUAGCUGAACCCCUCUUCUCCCCUCUUCUCGUCAGGAACCGGUACAAGGGUGACACAGACCAAGCCACAAUGACGUACCUCGCUCCUUCCUCAUCCAUACCCACGUCGGAAAGGAAACCUUGGAAAACUCACGUUUCAUAUGCCAACAUCGACGUAAAGCUCUUCGAACAUUAUCAUCAAAGCCUCGAAUUCACUGCUGUUCGCUGUGUCCAAAGUUGUUGCUUUUAUUUUCUUGACAUAAUUCGGAAACUUCGAUCCUUCGGGAAAACCAGCCAACCAGCCAACCAACCAAUCAACAUGUCGAUCCCGGUCCUCUUCACGCUUCCCCCGUCUAACCGCCAUGAGGUGAUUCUUAUCGACACGACGGCGAAACUCAGCUUGAAGGCUUUGAACAAGCAGAUUACUAGCACUAUUGCUGAGAGUCCGAACUGUGCAGAGUCUCUACUUUCCCCCAGAAAGUCUUGGUUUUCUUCUAUGGUCAUGCCAUCUAUUUGCUUUCCCUGUUCUUCAAACCCCAGAUACCAAAUAUGAA